CCUUCUCUUCCUUUUUCUCUUAAUGGCUCCGUGAUGCAUUUUGUGCUCCUAAAGACUUUCCCAGGCGUAGCAUCGGAGGCGGGAAGGGUCCUUUUCGGCUGCUAGGAGCAGCAGUAGCAGGAGGUGACGGCGGCCAGGCAGAAGCACCAUUCACCUUAGACUAUCGCAAACCCUUGGAUCCAAUCCUGAAACGUCGUCUGUGUUGCCAGCUAACACAGACUAACCACACUGCAGUGACUGGCACCACUUCCGGCCGCUCUUUGCAUUGAGAGUGAAAAUGGCAGAAGGGCAGAGCAACACCGUCAUUCGGCAUCUCCUUCCGAGUGCUGCAGUCAAGGAGGGAAAGCCGGAGAAGGCUUCAGACAGCGAACUGCAGCCUAGGCAAGAGAAGGCAACCCAGCUCUCAGGUGGCAUCUGCAGUGACGAGGCGGAGUGCAUAAAAGUGAAGGAAGAGAUAGCGGAUGAGGUCCCUGUAGCCUCCGAAAUAGACCGCCUGUGCUUCAGGCAGUUCUGCUUCCAGGAUGCCGACGGCCCCCGGGAGCUCUGCAGGAUGCUGCAGAAGCUCUGCCGCCGGUGGCUGCAGCCGGAGAAGAAGACGAAAGAGCAGAUCGUGGAGCUGGUGGUGCUGGAGCAGUUCCUGACUGUCCUGCCCGAGGAAAUGCAGAACUGGGUCCGGGAGAGCCACCCCGAGACCUGCCUUCAGGCGGUGAACCUGGUUGAAGAUUUCCAGCGCAGAGAGGACUAUCAAGAGAUCCCGGAGAUGAUUUGGCCUGAUGAAGACUCUGAGGCAGAAGGGCCUCCGCCAGACUCCUCGGAGUGGCCGCUCUUCAGAGAGAUCAAGCAGGAGGAUGACAACAACGACCACGCUGCUUCUCUAGCAGAUGAGGAGGGAGCCUUCUGGAAAGAGAAAAAUCAGUCCGAAAACUCGGGGAGUUUUCAGUGGAUGCUGCCCGGAAGAGCAGAGCAGGGCAAUCCCCAGUCUCCUGGUCAAAGAGAAGCUUCCGAGAGCCAGCAGAAGAUACAGCUCUGUGAUGAAGAAGGCCAACCUGAUCAUUUUCCGCAGAGUACUGAGGAAUUCUGUGAAAUGGCAGUCCAACAAAUAAUCCUCAAAGGUGAGACAUGCGAUGAGUGCAACAAAACCUUUCGAUGCAGGUCUGAACUCGUCGAACACCAGAGAAUGCAUUCAGGAGAAAAACCAUACAUCUGUUCAGACUGCGGGAAGACCUUCUGCAGGAGGAACGUCUUGGUUGCUCAUCAGAGGAUCCACACCGGAGAGAAGCCCUUCAUCUGCCCAGAUUGUGGCAAAAGCUUCAAUCAGCGAUCGCAUCUCACUGCGCAUGAGAGAACCCACACCCAAGAGAAACCGUUUGUCUGUACUGACUGUGGGCAGAGUUUUAGCAGGAGAACUGGACUGGUUGCUCAUCAGAGGAUCCACACAGGAGAAAAGCCCUACAACUGCCUUGACUGUGGGAAAAACUUCCGGCAGCGAUUCGACCUGAUUAGACAUCAAAGAAUCCACACGGGAGAGAAGCCGCAUGAAUGCACUGAGUGUGGGAGAUGUUUCCGGAACAAAUCAGCUUUCCGGGUACACCGGAGAAUCCACACAGAGGAAAAGCCAUAUGGGUGCUCGACCUGUGGAAAAAGCUUCCGGCAUCGUACCAACCUCGUCGCUCACGAAAGAAUCCACACCGGAGAGAAGCCAUACAAGUGUGAUGGAUGUGAGAAGGGCUUUGGCGACGCAUCGUCCCUUAUGAAACACAAGAGAGCCCACACGGGUGAGAAGCCAUAUAAAUGCUUGGAGUGUGGGAAAAGCUUCUCCCAGAAUGCCGGGCUGGUUCAGCAUGAGAAGAUCCACACAGGAGAGAAACCAUUUGAAUGCCCAGACUGCUUCAAAAGUUUCCGGGAUAAAUCUGCUUUUGUCGUGCACAGGAGAACCCACACGUUGGAGAAACCAUAUAGUUGCUCAGUAUGCGGGAAAAGCUUCGGUCAUCGCUCGAAUCUUUUGAAACACGAAAGGAUCCACACGGGAGAGAAGCCCUAUAAGUGCUCUGAGUGUGGGAAGUCCUUCACACAGAAGCCAAACCUCAUUGCGCAUGAGAAAACCCACAUAAAAGAGGAAGAACAAAAUGUUUCUAAUCGGGGCAACAGCGUACCUUCCUGCUGCCCCAUUGCCCCUGUUGACUGGAAUUUCCAGACGCUCCUGCGUGGGCACACGCACAUCGCCUGCUCUGGCACGUGCAGAAAAUUCUGGAGUAAAGGGAUGGUAAGGAGCUGCCUGGACAAGUUUGAUGGGCGGCAAAUCCUGCCUAUUCAGGCCAAUGCUCGCUUGAGAAUACAAAUGGCAUCAGAGGACAGAGAUGCCUCCAACUUUGAUCCCAGCACAGAGGCCACCAUGGCACAGCCAGGAGUAAAAAUGGAGAAGCUGGACCCAGGAGAUGCUGAACUAGGGAGGGGUGUGGGAAAAGACCCUCGUGCUGCCCAGCCAGGGCAUAUGAAAGAAUUCUGGGAAGGGGCUGCACCAGGACACAUUAAACGGGAACCCGAGGGAGGGCAGCAAGAAUGCUGGGAAGCCCAAUGGCAGCAGUUCUUGAAGGCCGUGCAGUCUCCUCACUCUGGACAAGGAAAUGCAGAGCCACCCGGGCUUGGGCAAAGGGACGAACCCCAGCCUGCUUUGUCUUCUCUGCAACCUAGAGGAGAAAGGGCAUUCCUGCCUGGCCUUAGCAGAGAAGUCCAUCCAACCCGCAAAAACUUCUCUGCCAAAGAAGAACAAGACGGCAGGACAGUAAAGGAGGAGAACCUGGAUGCAGAGACCGUCCGCCAGCGCUUCAGGCAACUCUGUUAUCGAGAAGCUGAUGGGCCCCGGGAUAUUUGUCGCCAGCUCCAAGAACUUUGCCACCAGUGGCUGAAGCCAGAGAAACAUUCCAAGGAGCAGAUCCUGGAAUUGCUGGUCUUGGAGCAAUUUCUGAGCAUCCUGCCACAAAAAAUCCAGAUCUGGGUCAGGGAAAGAAACCCAGAGUCCUGCACACAAGCGGUGGCCCUGGCGGAGGAUUUUCUCCUGCAGGAACAGCAUGUGGAUAACAGGUGGGAAGAGCAGGAGCUGGGGAUGAGCAAGGAGGCAGCUGCUAAUUCUCCAGAGGCAGAGAGGCCUCCAUCAAACACCUGGCAGAACCUGCUCUUCAGAGAGGUCAAAGAGGAGGCAGACAGAGGUGCCCUCUCUGUGGCAGGUGAUGAGAAGUGCUGUGAGGAGACCAAUCAACCCAAAAUCAACCCCGGGGAGCUACAGCCAUAUUGGAUGCUGUCAGGAAGAACAGAGCUGGAUGUUUCCCAGCCUUCUCAUCAGGAAGAAGUGCCUCUGAACCAACAGGUCAACUCUCCAGAUAAAGAUGGGGACUUCUAUUACCCACAAGUCUAUGAGCAUCUUAGUGAGAGGCCUGCACAGCCAAGAAUCCUCAAGGGUGGGAGAGACAAAACGUGCCUUCAGUGUGGGAAAGCAUUUAGAUGGCGAGCCGAACUCACUGCCCACGAAAGAAUGCACACCGGCGAGAAACCGUAUGAAUGUUUAGACUGCGGCAGAAGCUUCAGUUACAAAUCCCGCCUUAUCGCCCAUAAAAAGAUGCACACAGGGGAGAAGCCGUACCAGUGCCCAGACUGUGGGAAAAGCUUCAGCCGGCAGCCUCACCUCAUCGCACACGAGAGAGUCCACACGGGAGAGAAGCCAUACAUGUGCCCUGAAUGCGGGAGGAGUUUCAGCGACCGAUCCAAUUUAAAUACGCACAAGAGGACUCACACGGGAGAAAAGCCGUAUCGCUGUUCGCACUGCGGAAAAAGCUUCAGCCAGAGCUCGACUUGCAUGAAGCACGAAAGGAUCCACACGGGAGAGAAACCAUACAAAUGCUCAAUCUGUGGGAAAAGCUUCUGUCAGCGAUCACAGCUGAUUAACCAUGAGAGAAUCCACACAGGGGAAAAACCGUACAAAUGCUCUAUUUGCGGGAAGGAGUUUAGCAGGAGGACAGACCUGGUGACUCAUCAGAGGAGACACACGGGAGAGAAACCAUAUAAAUGUCUGGAGUGCGGGAGAAGCUUCAGCACGGGGUCGAGUCUAAAUGAACACAAGAGAACUCAUGCAGGGGGAAAAGUGCAUCAGUGCUCGCACUGUGGGAAAGGUUUCUUUCAAAUUUCUGACUGUGUGAAACAUGAAAGAACACAUGCACAAGAAUAAUCUUAUUAAUGCACUGAGUAAUUAGGCAAAACAAAGGCUGCUUGGGAGGAGAGCUGGUCUUGUGGUAGCAAGCAUGACUUGUCCCCUUAGCUAAGCAGGGUCCACCCUGGUUACAAAUGAAAGGGAGACUAGAAGUGUGAGCACUGUAAGAUGUUCCCCUCAGGGGACGGAGCCGCUCUGGGAAGAGCAUCAGAAGGUUCCAAGUUUCCUCCCUGGCAGCUUCUCCAAGAUAGGGCUGAGAUAGAUUCCUGCCUGCAACCUUGGAGAAGCUGCUGCCAGUCUGUGAAGACAAUACUGAGCUAGAUAGACCAAUGGUCUGACUCAGUAUAGGGCAGCUUCCUAUGUACUAGUAGAGCCCCUAUUUUGCAUGCAGAAGAUCCCAUGUUCAAUUCCAGAUGCCUCCAAAUAGGGCCAAGAAAGACCCCUGUCUGAAAGCCUGGAGAGCUGCUGCCAGUCAGAGUAGACAAUACCAAGGCAGAUGGGAGCUUCAGUACAAGGGAGCUUCAUAUGUUCGUCAAGAGCAUCCUUUGCUCCAUGGUACCUGCUUGGUUAUGUAGGAAGUCCCAGGUUCAGUCCCUGGUGUAACAGCUGAGAAAAUGUUUCAUCUGAAAGUCUGGAGAGGCGCUGCCAGUUAGUGUGGACAGUACUGAGCUAGAUGGACCAAAGGUCUGGCUCCGCAUAAGGCAGCUUCCUAUGCUCAAUAAGGCAGAAUCUUUGGUCAGUCCCAAGGCUGUUUGUGUACCUCAUACUAAUUAUUAUUAUUAUUUUAAAUCAAGAUACUAUGUCAAGAUAAGUUGCAGCCUAUGCAAACUGAAAAGAUGGAGCGUUCUAUGUUUUGCUGCUUCUCUACUUAAGCCGUGCUCUCUGACUCCAGGAAAUCUUACGCAGCACUUUAAUGAAUGUAGGAGGCUGCCUUACAGUGAAUCAGACCCUUGGUCCGUCUAGCUCAGUAUUGUCUACAACCAAGGGUAUGUAACUUCAGCCUUCCAGCUGCUGUUUGACUACAACUCCCAUCAUCCCUAGCCACAGUAGCCAGUAGUCAGGGAUGAUGGGGAUUGUAGUCGAACAGCAGCUGAAAGUUGUGCAGCCUGGUCUACACUGACUGGCAGCAGCUUUCCAGGGCUGCAAACAGAAUUUCAACUCAGCCGUAUGUGGAAAUGCCAGGAAUUAAAUAACACAUUUUUCUAUUUAAAAAUCUUCCUUGUUAAUCUGAGCAGCUUUUCGGUUGUCAAUCACAGUGUUAGCCUGGACGUUGGCCAUUCUCCCAAAUGAAUAAGUUAACCCAGCAGCAAAACCAGAACAGCAAAUAGACCCCAGAGAGAGGACAAUUUCUAGGGCUCCCUGGUUAUCUUUUCAGAGCAAACCAACUUGAAGGUUCUAGACCUCUGCAAUACAGAACCGUAUUUAUCUACUUUUUAAAUCAUUGCUAAAUUCUCAGUGGGUAUUCCUAAGAACACAAAGGAGAAAGAAAAAACACUCACCAUUUCUUUCUCCUCGAAUUUGGCCAUUUCCUGCAUUUAGCAUUAGGUAUAUGUAAUUUUUAAAUUUUUCAUCAUUUUCUAUGUUUCAUAUUCUGUAAAAUGAUGUGACAUUGUCUUCAAAACAGUGGUGUAAAGUUUCUGAGCUUUUUCAUGUU